GAGCCGACAACCAUCGUCGUCAUCUGAGGGAGAGGUCUCGCAAGCGAAGAUGCAACGAAUUGACUGACUGAUCCCAGAGAUCCCGGUCAUCCCGGUCUGCUGCCAACUGACUGUCUCUGUUCUGAGCGAGCAUUCUCUUCAGCUGAGGCUCGAGCUUCCUCCAAAUCCUGUUGAUCCAAGGCCAGGCAGGCCAGGCUCCAUGCAUUUGCUUCCAGUCUGGUGGAGCUGAGGAGGAGGCGUGGAAGCGAGUAGCAGCGAGGUCCGUAAUUCUGGACUCGAUGUAGAGAAAGAAGCGAAGGCCUGUCAGAGAGCAGCAUCGAAUUGGCAGUUUGUGAACGGGGAGCCCGAGGGGACGAUGGCGAGUAUGGCUUGUGCUAGCCUGCAUUGUGCCAUGGCGCCUUUGUCUGUGGCAUCGUCGUCGUAUGUGGUGCGCACGCAGAGCGCUAGAAUCUUUGUGAGCAGAAUUCAGCCGGGCGUGUGGGAGAAAGCUGGAGCGAAGCGUCUUCGAGCUUCUUCACAGGAGAAUGCCACUGUGGUGAAAAAUCGGAGCAUCUACACCUCGGCUUCAUCAGCGAGGGAGAAUGCCACCGUGGUGGUCACGCGGGAGCAGGGGAAGAACGGCAAGCUCAUGAAUGCGCUUAGUGCUCGGGGAAUAAACUGUUUGGAGCUUCCGCUGAUAGAACACAAAGAAGGAGCAGAUUAUCCAAAACUUGCACAAACUCUUCGCGAAACUGAAUUCGAGUGGAUAGUGAUAACCUCACCUGAAGCUGCCACAGUGUUUCUCAGUGGGUGGAGGGCUGCUGCUUGUCCCAAGGUCCGAAUUUCAGUUGUAGGAUCUGGAACAGGAGAAGUUUUCGAAGAGAUGAAGGAUAACCUAGAUAAGCUCGAAGUUGCUUUCACGCCUUCCAAAGCUACAGCAAAGGUCUUGGCAGUGGAAUUGCCGAAGUUGGAAGGUGGAAAUGGUGCAAUUCUCUAUCCUUCAUCGGCAAAGGCUGGCAGUGAUCUUGAAACUGGCUUAAUUGCACGUGGUUUUAAAGUUUUGCGACUCAACACCUACUCAACGGAAAGUGUGAAGUCUCUUGAUCAAGAUAAAGUAGCAGCUGCACUGGCGGCCCCUGUUGCAACGUUUGCCUCGCCCACCGCCGUGAGGGCAUGGGUAGAAUUGCUGGGGCCAUGGAAUGGUGCUGCAGCUUGCAUCGGGACAACUUCUGCAAAGGCUGCAAAAACAGCGGGUCUGAGCAAGGUCUUCUGCCCCGACAGCCCUGGAAUUGAUGGGUGGGUGGAGAGUGUGAUGGAAGCCUUGGAGUCACAUGCACUGGAUAGAAGCCUGACGUAAAUCAGAACAAUUUCACUUUUGCGAUCCUGAGGACCAUGUCCGAGUGUAAGAUACGUAGACCAGGCGAUAGGAGGGAGAUGUUGUUGUACCGUCUCACUCGUUUCUGAAGCUUAGGAGAUUAGGCUUAAGAGUUUAUCCCGAUCUAAACUCGUUUUUGAAAAUCGGACGAGUGGAGAAGUGUAGGUUUUUGAGACCUGUUUUAUCAUUUGCAAUCAGACUUGGACUCAUCUGAUUGAUGUAUAGGAGGUUUACGAUAAGCAAACGAGAAUAGAGUAGAAAUGAGCAUUUGUAAGAUUCCAAAUUGACAAGCGAAGGCUCCACUGAGAAGAAGGUCAAACCUUA